UACAGUUACCUCAAACGUCACCUUUCAAAAAAAUUAGUGCGUAUAAAUGACAGUGGAAAGAAUUUAAAAAUGAAUUCUAAUGAUGACUCGGAUUGCAAUAAAUGUGGGGGCGGUUUUACCGCUUUCAAAGAGAUUGAUGAAAUCAAUCAUCUUAUUCAACAAUUGCACGUACCAGAUUUACCCACGAGAGUCAUGGAGAAGAAUCAAGAUCGUUUUUGUUUCAUUUUAAAACAGUAUCAGGAUCAACCUCAGUUGCUUGAUCCUUAUCUUGAAAGUUUCCUUAGCCCCUUGAUCCAAUUUAUCAGAGAGAAGACUGAGAUUGAUUACUUGAAGCACUAUGUUUUCAAGUACAUUUACAUAAUAAUGAGCGUUAAGACUUACAAGAAAAUUGCUAUACACUUGCCUCAUGAGGUAACAGAUUUCAACACUGUCUUGGAAAUGUUAGAAAAGCAAGAUAUAAAUGACAAGGAAAAUUGGCAAACACGCUAUGUAUUGUUAAUAUGGCUGUCGAUCAUAGCUAAAAUUCCAUUUGCUAUGUCGAGAUUAGAAAAUGAUCCUUCAAAAACAAAUCCAGAUCAAACAAUCACAAUAAGAGUGAUCCAAAUUUGCAAGCAGUAUUGUGCUUCGAAAGACUCUUGCUCUGAUGCAGCAAUAUUUUUAGUGGCUAACUUUCUGACUAGAUUUGAUGUCAAAGAUAAAUAUUUAGAAGAUAUGGUAAUGUGGUCAUUGAAAUGUUUUGAAAAUGAUCAUUUAAAUCACAGACCACUGGCUGUCAUUGCAUCAAUCAUUAAGCAUAGUUGCAGAGAUGAUAUGGCACCUUAUACACAAUUGAUACUUGAUAAAAUUUCAGAUAGUAAGUUACAUGAAAGUCCUGCAGAUCUAGUUAGAAAAUUUUCAAUAAAGAUCUUUCAGCGUGUAGGUAUGACUCUGCUGAAAGUAAACAUCACUCCUUGGGGUUAUAAAAAAGCAUUAAAAACUAUAAUGUUAUCAAACAAUAUAACUGAAACAAACAGUGUUGAUUCUAUCACAGUAGACAAGGAAUUUUCAGAAAUUGCUGAAAGCGAAGAUCAUGAAAUUCCACCUAUAAUGGAAGAUAUACUUGAGUAUUUGAUAAGAGGUUUGCAAGACAAAUCCAUGAUAAUCAGAUGGUCUGCUGCCAAAGGAAUUGGUAGAAUAACAGCCAGACUUCCAAUAGAUUUGGCUGAUGAUGUUCUUGGUUUUGUUAUCAAUCUAUUUUCAUCACGAGAAUCAGAAACUGCUUGGCAUGGAGGAUGUCUAGCAUUGGCAGAAUUAGGAAGAAGAGGUUUACUUUUACCUUACAGAUUGAAAGAUAUUAUUCCUCUUGUUAUUCAAGCUCUGGUUUUUGAUGAACCAAGAGCAUAUGGACCUGUUGGUUCUAUUAUUAGAGAUGCUGCUUGUUUUGUAUGUUGGUCUUUUGCAAGAGCUUUCGCACCAAAAGUAUUUGAGCCUCAUGUAAAAGAAAUAGCUCCAGCUCUCUUAAUAGUUACUUGCUUUGACAGAGAAAUCAACUGCCGUAGAGCAGGUUCUGCUGCUUUUCAAGAAAACGUUGGCCGACAAGGAAAUUUUCCUCAUGGUAUAGAUAUCAUUUCUGCAGCUGAUUACUUUGAAGUUGGUGUACGCAGUAAUGCUUAUCUUAAAAUCAGCGUGCAUGUUGCUAAGUAUGAAGGUUAUUUCAAACCUUUGGUUGAUCAUCUGGUGAAGAAGAAAGUUACACAUUGGGAUAUAGCCAUAAGAGAAUUGGCAUCAAAAGCCAUGCACAAUUUAACAGAACUUGAUUCAAACUACAUAAUUGAAGAAGUGCUUCCAACCUUAUUGGGUUUCGUGGACUCAAUUGACUUAUUUGUUAGACAUGGUGCUAUUCUCGCUAUUGCUGAAAUCUUUGUCGCAUUGCACAAAAAGCUUGAAAAAGAUAUAAGUGAAAUAAUUGGUAAAAAUGAUUUAUUAAAAGUUCAAAACAUUGUAUCAACAUGUCGCAACAGAGGUCAACUAAGAGGAUUAGGAGGUGAAAUAAUCAAACAAGCAUGUGUGACUCUUAUCAAAAAGUUUGCAUUAAUACAUAAUCAUGUAGACACAGAUCCUAUUUUGAAUGACUGGCAAACUUUAAUGGAAGAAUGUUUGAGCAAUGAAGUUUCAGCAGUCAGAAUAAUAUCUGCUGAAGCUCAUACUGCAUUUUUCAUUGAGUAUUACUUUUGUUGGUCUCUUGAGGAGAGACAUGCCAUUAUCAAUCGGUAUCUUAGUAAUCUUCAGUCAAGUAAUCAAACAAACAGAGUUGGUUUUGCUCUUGCAGUCGGUUAUUGUCCAGCACCCGUAUUGAAAGAAAAAGGAGAGGAUAUAUUUAAAAAAUUAAUGGAAUGUGCUGUUAUUACUAAAGAUACUCUACUAUGGGCUGAAGCAAGGAAAGAAGCUAUGAAUUCAUUAAAAAAGAUAUGCGAAACUUUAGGAUUAGAGCAUGCGGAGCUGUGGAAACCUUUUGUGGAUGAAAUAUAUCAAUGCUUUUUUAAUGGUCUGAUGGAUUAUACAAACGAUAGUCGAGGUGAUAUUGGCUCUUGGGUGAGAGAAUCUGCAAUAUCUGGUAUUCUCACAUUGACAAAUUUAGUUUAUGAUGCUGGUUACUUGUCUAUUUUAACUGAAGAGCUUAUGACAAAAGUCAUUGGAGGAAUAGCUCAACAAGCUGUUGAACGAAUUGAUAGAACAAGAGCAAAAGCAGGUAGUGCUUUCAGUUCCUUAAUACACAGUCAACUUCCUAAUAUUCCACAUCAUGAAGAACUCAAAUUACUAUUCACAUUUGAAAAUAGAGACAAUGGUAAAUACACAGAUUGGAAGUCUGAAAGUGAAACAUUUCCACUUUUUAUCAAAAUGCUGGCUUAUCCACAGUACACGCAAGAUGUUCUGAAAGGAAUAAUUUUUAGUGUAGGUGGUUUGUCAGAAUCUUUAGUGAAACAUUCUAGCAUAUCACUGUUUUCAUAUCUGCAGCAACUGGAUCAGAUGACACUGACUUCACUUUGCAAUCAAAUUUGUAAUAUAUUUGAAUCUUGUCAUGGAGAUGAUCGGAUGAUUUCGGCAAGUUUGGCUUUUCUCGAUCGUUUAUUCAGUUCAGGAUGUAUACAAAGCAUUUUUGAUGACGCGGAAAAUGAAAUACCCCCACGAAUUUUGACGCUACUGAAGAAAGAGAGUAAGUCUAUCAAUGCUACUCAGCCUUUACUCAACAGCGUAAAACUUUUCUGUCAUUUAUUGCAAGUUCAUGGUUCAGUAAGCAAAGGUGCAUUUUCACAUCUUAGCAUAUAUUUGUGUCAUAAAUUCAAAUAUGUUAGGAAAGCAACAGCCAGUCGUUUGUAUGAGUCACUCACACUUUAUGGUGACGAAAUGGACAUAAGUGAGGAUGAAUUGGCUAUUCUUUUGACUCAGCUCAACACUAUUGACUGGGAGCAGCCAGUUGAAGAGUUAAGACCAAUAAGAAAUAAAUUAUGUGAAAUUAUGAAGUGCCCAAUACCAAUAUUGCGACAAAAGCCUCAAACUUAAAAUGAACUUAUCUGCUCAAGUGCAAAGAUCAUUGAAUAUUUAAAUAAAUUUUAAUUAAUGCUACUAAUUGUUUUAAUAAGUUGCUAAUUAUAUUUAUAAAAUAAGAUGCGAUAACAAAGAACAAAUAACAAAACCAGUGAUAUAAUAAAAUCAGAGAAAAUUUUGGACAGUAACUAUAGUUAAAAUGAAAGACUAUUCAUGUUUUAGAUUAAAAAAAGCUUAUUACAUAAUAUUGAAAAAUAUUUUUAUAACGCUUUUGAAAUAUAUUAUUUAAUAACUAAUAU